AGUAAGCGCAUUUAAAAUGGCAUUCGGUGAUGUUAAGACCCCACAAGGCCUCAAGGAGUUGAACGACUUCCUGGCCAACAACAGCUACAUCAGCGGCUACACCGCUACCAAAGCCGAUGUGUCUGUGUUUGAUGCCCUGGGAAAGGCACCAGCUGCCAGCUAUGCCAAUAUUUCCCGUUGGUACCGUCACAUUGCCUCUUUCGAGGCAGGUGAGCGUUCUGCCUGGGUGGGUGCUCCGCUGCCCCAAUUGGCUGGAGGCAAGCCCACAGUCGCUGCUCCCGCUAAGGCAGCUGCCGACGAUGAUGAUGAUGUUGAUCUAUUCGGCUCUGAUGAGGAGGACGAUGCCGAGGCCGAGCGCAUCAAGGCUGAGCGUGUUGCCGCUUAUGCUGCCAAGAAAUCAAAGAAACCUGCGCUGAUUGCCAAGUCGUCUGUGCUGCUCGACGUGAAGCCAUGGGAUGAUGAGACCGACAUGAAGGAGAUGGAAAGCAAUGUCCGCACCAUCGAAAUGGACGGUCUGCUGUGGGGCGCAUCCAAAUUGGUGCCCGUUGGCUAUGGCAUCAACAAGUUGCAGAUUAUGUGCGUCAUCGAGGAUGACAAGGUUUCGAUUGAUUUGUUGCAGGAGAAGAUUGAGGAGUUCGAGGAUUUCGUGCAGUCCGUCGAUAUUGCUGCCUUCAACAAGAUCUAAGCAACUAUAUACUCUUUAACUGAAGCAUACAAAAUAAAAUUAAAGCAAAGCUAAACGUAA